AUGACCGAUUUUGAUCUAAUGAAUUUUCCAUUCAACGAGCAUUUAGACUCUCCUGUUUCCGAUGACACUGGGGAGAGGGACGAACAGCAGAUCCCACAAAACUGGCUUAACGAGAACCAUGUUGGGAAGUCUAUUUUGCCUUUGUUCGUUAACCCUGACGAUGUUAUCAAGCGUAACUUCUCCAAUGUUAGAGAUUCUUCUGAAGAAAAUAAACCACCAUCUAUGGAUCGCAUGAACUACGCCAGGAAUACAAAUCUUCAAGAAUCUCCCGGAUUACAAGAAAGAUCACACAAUGGACGACAUCGUUCCACCAAAGUAACCGAAAGUCACAAAGGAGAUGUACCGAAUUUUAUCCAUUCCACCCCAAGGGAAGACUCUUCUGCGAAGCAUUUCACGAAAGCGAAUGAGCGUGGUUCUUCUCAAACGUCCAAUGAAAAUUUAUCGCCUGACCUCUCCAUAGAAGACUGUAACGGUGCAACUGUUCCAUUACAAGCUUCUCUAUCAAAGGAAGAUCUUCAGAUUUUGGAAAGCGUUAUACUCGGAUACCAAAAGAGGAUUAUUGAAUUAGGCAAAGAGAAUUUAGAAAAAGAGGAAAGAUCAAACUCUUUACAAAGAGAACUAGAUAUCGCCAAGAAAUUCAGUGACAAGAACUCAAACAAUGAAAAAAAACUCGAAGAAAAAACAGUAAUGAUUGAAAAUAUAACGGAARAGUUCUCACAUACGAAGGAGUUACUAGAAAAGGCUAAAGAUACUAUUCGAACAAAACAAACUGCACUAUUGAGUCUUACUGACUCUCUUCGAAAUGUUGAAUUGUUCACAAUACCAAUCGGUAUAUUAUUUUUUGAACUAUAUGACUCUGAGGACGCAUCCUUGAAUUUGGAUGGACUAUUACGGGAAAAAUAUCCUAAUAUCAUAGGAUUUUUACGACAGUCACAUUUAGAUGAGCAAAAUCGUAUGUCACAACGUUUAGAAAACGCAAAAUCGGAAAAUAGCGAUCUCCAAAAUGAAUUAGAAAACAAAAAAUCAGAAAUUCAAGCCAUAAGAGAAAAAAAUAAUAAUUUACUUGGUACAAAUAAGACCCUAUCCAAGCAAAAUAAAGUUCUGUGCGAUAAAUUUGAGAAAUUAAGCAAUGACGAAAAGGAAAUGUUAAAAGGUUGCAACGAAGAAAUAAAAACUAAGCUAGAAAGUUUAAAUGAAAGACUGGGAUCAUGGGAGAGAAACAAAGAAAGCUAUGAGGCAGCACUGAAAGAUAAGGACCAAACGAUAGGGGAGUUUGAGAAGAAGACAAAUAGCAUGUCAAAAGAACUGACCCAUUUAAAGUCACGUUUGGGUAACUUAGAGGGAAAUACUUCUGAAAGGAUUACUAUAAAAGAGAUUCUACAAUCAAGGUCAGAUAUUUCUGUUGAAGAAUGUAAUCUUCUUAUGAUCGAACAGAUUGAUUCAGCAUGUCUAACAGACUUACAAAAUAUUGUCAAAGAAAUCGUACUUGCUAUUGGAAUUCCCUACUCCAAAUUACGGAGAAAAAUCCCCUUAUUAGCAAUUAAACUGAAAUAUGAAAGUAUAUUACUGUCCAACUUUGCCCAACGCCUUCAUAGACAGAUAUAUAAUCAAGAAAUGAAUCUAAAAAAGUUUACGGAUCAGGCAUACUAUGAAUUCAUGACUACACGUAGGAUUGACACCAUAGAUCACCAUUUGGAGAGAUGCCUGGAUCAUCUGUAUGAUUAUAUCUUGGAAAAGAUGGUCAGGUGA